GACCUCGGCAGCAGUGCAGUAAAAAGCGAAGCGAUCUCUAUCUGGCGAGAAAAGCAUCUGAAAAUGGGCAAAGAGCAGCAACUGCUUGACGCCGCAGCCGCUGGGAACCUCAGCAAAGUGGAAGCAAUUUUGAAGGGGCAGAAUCGUCUGAAGAGGCUACUUUCGCGAGAAUUUCUGGACGACAGUAAUGACACCGAGACCGAACAACCGCUUCAGGUCGAGAGAAAACAGCCCCCACUCCACGUGGACAUUAACACUGUCAACAACGACGGGGCAACCCCUCUAAUUCUGGCCACUCUCAACGGACACAGAGACAUAGUCUACGUUCUUUUGCAGUACUCGGCCAAUGUACGAUCCAGCGACCUAAAAGGGAACACGGCCCUGCACAUGGCAGCAUGGCAGAAUCGCUCUGACAUCGUUGAGUUGUUGAUUGCCAAUGGUGGAGGAAAGGUUGGUCUGCCCAAUAACGAAGGGAACUCGCCACUGCACUUUGCCUGCCAAUACUGCCCGGCUGGCAAGACACUGACUCUCGUGAAACUCCUCCAACACAAUGCCUGUGUCCUCGACAAGAACAGAGAAGGUGACACUCCCUUUGAUCUCGCCGUUCGCUUCAACAAGAAAGAGGCAGUGUCAUUGCUGGUAGAUGCAGAACCAGGUGUCAUCCGUGAAACAAAGGCCAUUAUCGAGGCUGCACGCACCGGGCGUAAGGAGAUAGUUGAGGUCCUAUUGGAUGCUGGGACGGAUCCAAACUGUCUCGAUGGAGCGUCAGGAACGUGUCCCCUCCAUGAAGCAGUUAGAUUUUUUAGAAAGGAGGUUGCUCGAGUUCUACUGGAGUUUGGAGCCAAAUUGAGUCAACAGAGUGCCAAUGGAGAGACGGCAGUUGGGAUUGUCAUGCAACAUCCCGAGGCCAAGAGAGACGAGUUUCGGGCCCUGAUCAGAGACUUGGAGGGGAAAUCCCCACGUAUCCCACAGGCACUUUUGGAGCGAAAGGAAAGCAGAGAUUUGACCGGAGAUCUAUUCAGCAUCACGUAUCCACUGCUGACGAACAGGAUGAGCUGGACAAAGGCCGAUGAGGUGUACUGCAGCGGGUGGUCCAAGCAGCAUCCCAACACCUGUCUACUGGACAAUGACUCCUAUUCGUACUGGAAGAUCCCAGACUCAGGUGGCUACAAUUGGGUGGCCUUUGACCUCGGCUCCAAGUACACCCUGACCGGCAUUCGUCUCUCUGGAUGGGACAAUAAACAGAUGGUCCACAACUUCAUAGUUGAAACAGCCGAAAACAUUGCUGGGCCGUGGAGUCAGGUUCAAAAGUUCACCGCAGAUGCCAUUGGACCUGAGACUAUGGACCAACCAUCCGAAAGUCAAGAUUUCAAAGGUUUCUACACCAGUGCAAGAUACUGGCGGCUGGUGGUGGCAGACAACUAUGGCGACAACAGAACGGCUGUUUUAUCUGAAGUCCAGUUCUUUGGAGUAGAGGACGGAGUGUUGAGCUGGUUUGACAGACUGGAGAUGCAGCGCUACCUCAAGCCCCUCGUCCAGAGAGUGAGUCUUAACUUCCUGCUUCAGUGAUGGACUGCGUUAUGCCAGUAGAAAUUGUGUGACUAGAAAACCAGUAAACUAAGCACUGAGCUCAUCAAGAGCUGGUCUUCCCCCGUCUAUGUCGAAAUGAUGCGUUUCCCUCUCAUUCUCCAGGGGUUCAACCAACUCUGCGACAUAGCUCUGCUGAAGUCAUCCGACAUCGACGACGUGGUUCAGGUGUUGGAUGACAGACGACGUAUGCUGCAUGCUGCCAGGAUUCUCAGAGAAAAAUAUUACACUCCAGGAGAGCUGCAGUGGGCGGUCUCCCCUCCUGCUAAGGUUAUAACAGGGAAAAAGAUAGCAGAGGUGUCUGUUUUCAGCCGUGCAUAUUCAGUAGGCCAGAUGAAACUGGAAAUUUCAGGUAAAAUAUACUAUAUUCCCCCACUCACCUGUUCCUACUGUGUGGUGUAUUGUGUGUGUGCAGGUGAAGAUGGUGAUAUAAAGUUCAAGUCCAUUGCUCCACUGGUUGCCAAAGAGAAUGGCUAUCUCUCCAGAGCCUCUUUCAGGGACAUCUGCCUCAGUCCACCUGGGCAGUAUACUGUGAAGGUCUACAGUUCUGCUGACCCAGCAAUCUGCCUCCCACCCCUCCCCGUUACGGUGGACCCUGCAGUUAUGGGUAAAAAUGAACUCGGAGCAGUCUUCCAAGACUUUGAAGACAUGCUCAAGUUUUAGUUUUAUAAAACCAGCAGUAUAUAUACUUGCAUCAUCAUACUUACACGUCAUCUGCGUUUUAUCUCAUUUUUGAUUCUGUAAAGUUUAUGUUAAAAACUGCAAUGUUUAGAGUGAGUGCUCAAUUAAGUGCGGAAAAAAAAAGAAAAAAACGAUCGGAAGAGAUGAGAGGUCACGAGUACAAAAGUGGGCGUGGUGUGUCCAGCAACACCACGCGAAAAUAAACUCACAAAACGAAAGAAAAAAUCUUCACAGAAGACCGGCCAAGCAAGGUAUUAUACUUGGCCUGUCGUCUGCUGCACACAUGUGUAGCUUGAGGCUCGUCGUGUGGCAAUGGGUGGUGACUAUAAUUAUACCUUCCAGUAGUACGAUCGAUGUGUUUAGUGCACACACAAGUCCUCAGGGGCCAAAAUAAAUAUAGCUAUAAUAAUUAUGCAGUGAUAUAAAAAUCAGACGUGAACAUCAACUACUCACGAUAGUAUAGACAACAUUGGCACAGUCCUGGAAUACAUACACUGUCGAAGUUAAAAAAAAUGGAGAAACGACAAUGAUCAGAAAACGAAGGGACAGAGAUGGAGAGAGAGAGAGAAAAGGAAGAGAAUAGAGUUUCAGACGGUCAGUUCAGAACACACACACACUAAGUCAAUAUACAUGCUAGUCAGUUCUAAUUGCAAUGACACUGCCUCUAUGGGGUGACGAUGAUCACUCCCUUCUGACUCCUGUUGGUAAAGUUGUUGUUUCGAGAGCAGAUGUAGUAGUACGUUCCCCUCUUUAAACGCAGGAGCGCCCCCUCGAACGAGGCCGGAGCAUUGUUCAGGAGUUGGUCCAUUGGAUUCUUAGCCUGGACUGAUUCAUCGCCACACGUGGUCUGGCGGACACAUUGGUAGUAGCCGGCACUGGCAAAGAACACGGCAAUGUCUUCGUCAGAACCCUGCGCUGCCUCGGCCGAGGACCAGAGAACGUCGGCAUUCUUAAACAGGCCAUCGUCGGAGUCAGUCUUGUCGUACGGAGUCGGGUAGUUCACGUUGGGGCCGGGAGUUUGUACCAUGUUUGAUCUGUCAGUACCUGGCAUGGAGCAGUGAAAUGUACAUUACAUCACCCCGUGAAAACUAAUAGUCUGUUACAUGAGGGAAGAGGAACACAACAGUUUGUGUAGACAGAGGACGAGGGGAAGUGUAGCGUAAGACCUACUGCAAACUAUGUAGCUAGUGUAGCGUAAGACC